AUGUCUGCCGUGUUUGACGGGACUUCCCUGACAGUCACCAUGCAGACCUCUCUCACUCACACACCGCAGAAUGCAUUUAGGUGAGUUGCUUAGCAUAGCUAGCUAGCUAGCAUGCUAGCUAGCCAGUAGUUGGAGCUAUGUGCAGUAGUUGGAGCUAUGUGGCUGCUUCCCUACUGUACCAACAAGUUAUACGGCUGUUAUUAUGCUAAGGUUAUUGUGGAAAGAUGCAGUGGUCAGCAUUUUUCAAGCAUAUAUAUGAAAUGUUUUAGUCUGAGAGAAAAUACAAAUGAUACCAAUUAGAAUUACGUUUGUUUUUAGAUUUUUUGCAACUGUGUGAACUUUUGUCUUGUGUGUAGCCCCCAGGAACUGUCCCAGGAGAUCAAAUCCUUCAUCAGUGGCGUGGACCAGACCCAGGGUCGUAAACUCAGCGUCCGCGAGCAUGCCCGCUGUGCCGUGCGUCUACUACGGUCCGUGCCUGCCUGUCGCGGGGCGGUCCUUGAGCACCUAAGGGGCGUGUACAACGAGCACGUCUCAGCCUUUCUUCACAAUCUAGAGACGGACGGCGAGGGCGACGGGGACUCCAACUUGGAGGACGUCAUCACGGAGGUCCAUGGCGUCCUGGCGGAGUUCAUCAAGCUCAACCCCCGAGCCUGGGCUCCCCUCGUCUCUACCUGGGCUGUAGACCUGCUGGGGCAACUGAGCUCCAAGCAUGCUGGCCGUAGGGCAGCUCCCAACUCCUCCAGCCUCAAUGAGCUGCUGCAGCUGUGGAUGUCCUGUGCAGCUACACGUUCCCUCAUGGAGGCCUAUACCCAGUGCCUGGCGGCCAUGAUAGCCUGGUGUCCUGACCAAUGUGUGGACGCUCUCCUGGACACCUCCGUGCAGCACUCCCCGCACUUCGACUGGGUGGUGGCCCACAUUGGAUCCUCCUUCCCGGGCACCAUCAUCAGCCGCGUCCUGGCCUGUGGCCUUAAAGACUUCUGCUCCCACGGGACGGCUGACAAGUGUCAGGGAGACAAGAGCAGCCGAGUGCCUAAGAUCGGCUCUGUGGUGGGGAUCCUGGGCCACCUGGCGGCACGGCACUCUGACAGCAUCCGGCGGGAGCUGCUGAGGAUGUUCCAGGAGAGCCUCAGUCCCCCAACUAUACCCCCCAGCUCUGGGUCCACCUCCUGGGAAAAUUUAGCCCAGCUCCGCAGAGCCACAGUGCCCUUCCUUCUCCAGCUGGCGGCGCUGUCUCCCUCUCUGCUGGGCGCCGUGUCUACAGAGCUGGUGGAGUCUCUACGGCCUCCAGUCUUGCUCCAGCUCCAGGCUGUUCUACAGGGCCUUCCCAGGGACGAGCUGGACAACAUGCUGGGGCUGGCUGUCCACCUCAUCGCCCAGAGCCCUGCUGGAGGGGCACACGUCCUCCGUUUCCUAGCCGACACGGCCACCCCCGCCUCCGUCAUCAUCUCUGGCCCCACGUCUUCCCCUCACGAGGGGGUGCGAGAGGCCUGCGACCGCCUCCUCCAGAUGCUCCUGCUGCACCUCCACAAGCUGGUCUACACCCGCUCAGAGGGGGACGACGGCUACUACAGCCGCCCCCACUCUCCCUCCUCCCAGGCCCCCCGUGUGGUCCCCUUCCUGGAGGAGCUGCAGUCCCACGUGGGAGAGCUCUGUGCCGAGACGCUGAGACUGGAGAGGAAGCGUCAUCUCUGGCUGCACCAGCUGCUGUGUCUGCUGUGUCUGCUGUCUAUAUACGGGGGCCCUAGCGUGGCCACGGAGGCCCUCUGUCAGCUGCUCAUCCUGGCCCGGAACCCAGACCAGCUGGCCCUGGCCUGGCAGCUCCACACCCCACUGUCCGCCUGCCUGCCAGGCCUCAUCCCUGCCGCAGUGACCCGCUGUGUGGCCCAGAUCCACACACACACCCUGGGACCCAAGCAGCUCUGCCAGCUCCUCCUCAACCUGGCCUCCGCCGUGCAGAGUGUACAGGAGGAGGAAAGGAGGGGUCCAGGAGGAGGUGCUAGUCCUCAGUCCUCCAUGGCAGUGCAGGUUGGAGCAGCGGUCUCAGGACACCUCCAUGACUUCUGCCCUCUGCUCCUCCAUGGUGACCCGGCGGUAUCCCACGCUGCAGUGCGGCUCCUGUCCCGCAGCCCCCUCCCCCGUGCUUUCCCGCCUUCCCACCUGCUGCUCGUCUGUCGGGCCGCCGUCACACACUUCUUCCUGGCGCUGCGGAGGAGAGGAGAGGCAGGGAAGGGGACAGAUGAAGGCCAGGGAGGAGAGGCGGUAAACUGUUCGGUGCUCCUCCUGUCCCGUCUGGUAGGUUACUCCCCUCUAACCCUCAAAUGUGUCCUGCAGCAGCUGGUGGAGGGAGCUCUACAUAAAGGAAACGCUGACCUGUUCGGAGGGCAGAGUGAGGCCAUUGGAGGGGACACCCCCAUCUUCCUGUCCCUGGCCCCUGACCGGGGGGGCUCCCUGCUGGACAUCAACUGUAGGUUCGGCACCACGGUCAACUUCUCUGGCAGCGUGUGGUCUGUGUUCCAUGCUGGGGUGAUAGGGAAGGGUCUGAAGCAGCGCAGCGCUACACCUCACCCCGACCCAGCCAGUGUCAUACAGAACGUCCAGACUCUGCUGGCUGUCGCCGUCCAGUGCUGCAGCACGCCAUCUGGGAAUGGCGGCAACGGUGGAGGCGCCCGACACCAGCCCUCCGUUCCCGACGAGCCGCCGCCCAUCAACGCUGAGGCAGCCAAAAUGAUGGCGGUGACGCUGGUGGAGUAUAUCUGCCCCGACGUGGCCAACGGGGAACUGUCAUGGCCGCCAGAGGAACAUGCCCGCACCACUGUAGAACGUGACAUACACAUCCGCCGCUGCUUCGAGGCCCACCCUGUCCUCUUUCCGUUACUCCAUGUUGUGGCGGCCGGGCGUCCUGCUCUCUGUUACUGUUCUGCGGUGCUCCGGGGCCUUCUGGCCACUCUGCUAGCCCACUGGGAGGCUUCGAGGGAGGCUUUGGCAGUGGACUCCCCGUGGCACCUCCAGGCCUCCUGCAUGCUGGUGUCCUGUAUGGGCGAGGGCCAGUUGUUGCCCCCCGUGCUGGGCAACGUCCACGAGGCUUUCCCCUACCUGACGCCGUUCGAGGUGAGGCUUCUCCUCCUGGCUGUGUGGGAAUAUGUGAGGGGCAACGGCCCCAUGCCACAGAAGUUUGUCUUCAGUGCCGAGAAGGGCCUGUUCUGCCGGGAUUUCUCGCGGGACGGAGACGUGGCAAGAUACGUAGCGCCCAUCCACAGUGUCCUGCAUAAGAACAUUGACCGGCUGGGGCAUCUAUGCUGGCGUUUCCAGCUCUGA